AUGAGCCGCAAUCUAGCCAGUGCCAUUCCCAGACCUCAUCACACCUCUCAAGCCUCAGCGUACGCUCAUCGCCCCAGACAAGUCUUUGGCUGCUGCCUCGCCAUCAACUUCAUUGGCGCCCGCUUUCUCCUCGCCCCCAACGUCGCCGCGGAGGGGUUCGGCGUAGCCGUUGACGACGCUCGAGCCUUCACAGCCAUCAAGGGUAUCCGGGACAUCACGUCCGGUAUCGUGCCCCUUGUGGUGUGGCGCGUGGCGGGCCAGUCGGCAUCCGGAUGGGCGAUGACGGCGGCGGCGGUGACGCCUAUCGGCGAUGCACUGGUGGUGAUCAGUCGAGGUGGAAGCUGGGGGACGGCAUUGGGUAUACAUGGGGCGACGGCAGCUGUGUUGAUUGCGACUGGGCAGUACUUGGCCAAGUAG